AUGAAUCCCGUGGAGCUGCUUCUAUUCAGUUUUCAGUCAGUGCUAGAGUGUUUGUUAUCAUCGCUUGAGGCUAUUGAUAUCAAAACCACCAUCUCGGGACAUUUGGCUGAACUGAAUCUAGAAUUGGUCAAGGACAAAUCCAAGAGUCGUGAGUUGAAGAGAAACCCAAAUGUGAUGUUUUCAACAACAGUGCCUCAGUGUUUGGUAACAUCGCUCAAGUUUGUGGAACUAAAACAUUUGAUCCCGGGGUAUGAAGGAAAAAUAAAGAUGAUAAGAUACUUGCUGAAGAAUUCAACAAUCCUGGAGAAACUAAGGCUCAAUGUUUACUACACGAAAAAGGGAUUGAAGAAAGAUAGGAUAAGCCAGUUACCUGAAUCUUUGAUCUAUCAGAUACUCUCUCAUCUUCCCUCAAAGCAAGCUGCUAAGACAUCUGUUUUACCAACCAGAUGGAAAAGUCUCUGGCUUUGGCUUCCUUGUUUGGGUAUAAAUAUGCUCACUAUGAAGAGAACAACAACAAUGGUUGAUCGAGGGAAAUCGAAACAGGCUUGUUCCAGUGGGUACUUGAGUCGGAGAUUGGAGGAAGAUAGGAUAAGCCAACUACCUGAUCUGUUGAUCUGUCAGAUACUUUCUCAUCUUCCCACAAAGGAGAGUGUUAAGACAAGCGUUUUGUCAACCAGAUGGGCAAGUCUCUGGCUUUGGGUUCCUUGUUUGGAACUGACUCCCCAAGAUUUCUCUGAUAAUUUCAAUGCCUUCAGGAGUUUUGGUAACAGGUUUUUCCAUUCCGAUAGGGCUUCAUUCAUAAACAAAUUCAAACUAUUUGUUGUUGAUCAUAAUGAUCCUUCUUAUCUCACGCCAUGGUUUGAUGCUGCAAUUAAGCGUAAGAUCCAACAUCUGCAUGUUUCUUGUCCUGCCGAUUCCUUAUAUGAGCUGCCCACAAGAUCUUAUACCUGUGAGACGCUAGUAUCCUUAAAACUCGAUCACGUGACCUUGGAUGGUGUCGAGUUUGUUUCCUUGCCUUGCCUGAAGACUAUGCAUUUAAAAUAUAUCUUGUAUGGCAAAGAGUCCAUUUUUCAGGGACUUGUCUCUCGCUGUCCUGUCUUGGAAAAGUUAAAGAUUGCCGGAUCCCCGUUUGGGGAUGUAAUUAUCUUUCGGCUGCACUCUACCUCAUUGAAGAAGCUCUGUAUACAGAUACAACGUAAUAAUAACAAGGGCUAUGGUGUUGGAUUUGUUGUUGAUGCGCCUGGACUAGGCUUUUUGAGCAUCAGUGAUAAACCAGAGGGUUAUAAAUGGAACGACAGGUAUUCUGAUGUCAAGGUAGAUAUAUGUCUCCCCUUUGAUUUGGAAGAUAUUAAAGAAGCAAGCAUUUCAUUGAGGAGUAGUAUCCACAAUUUUCUCCCUGGGAUUUCCAAGGUCAGAGAUAUGACAAUUUGUAAAGACAUUUUCAAGCUCAUCUGUCAAUACGGGGAAACACAACCACUGCCUCAGUUUGGAUACAUGUCCCGCUUGUAUGUCAAUCUUUGCGUAUCUGAUUUGAAAAACUUGCCAACCUUUCUUGGGAGCUGCCCAAACUUAAAAUCCCUCAUCUUGGUAUGGAUUAAUAACUCUAAGAAUAUACGUCUUGAAGAGCUGAGUGGAUUUGAUUGCUCUGUGCCAGAGUGUUUGUUAUCGUCGCUUGAGUAUGUUGAUAUCAAAAGCUGCAUCUCUGGAUAUGGGGCAGAACGGAAGCUAAUAAGAACCGGUUGGUCUUUGUUUUCGGGUAGCCAGCUAUAA